AUUACAUUCAUCCGCGGGUCACUUUCAAAGGACUUUCAUUGAAUUGAGAAACAUCUAGGCCUCUAGAUAAUUUCGAGUGGAUAUAUUUAAAACGCAAAUCGCUUUUUUAUUUGAUUUGAUUAUAACGAUGCAUUUAAUUAUUUUCAAGCUCGUCAAGGAUUUCAGAAAGUGCGAUGUAAAGGAAAUUAGGUAAAAAAUUUAACCCAUAUUGACAACACUAUCGAGUAGCUGUACUGCAAUAUUCAUAACAGUGAAGCUGGAAAAUGUUACUGAACGUUAGGUGUGAAUUGUGAAGGUGCAAAAGGGCACCUGGAUUGAUGACUGCAGGCAUUAAGUAGCUCUCCAGGGUGCUGAAGUUGAAUCUCUCAACGCCACUGACGAGCCUCAUCAAACUCUUGUUUGUGAGCUGAGAUCUUCUCAACAUUUGUUUAUGCCCACGGCGCGACUGAUGCUGGAAAACCGUCGUGAAAGAUGACCGUCUAACCAUAUGAAGGAUAUAAAUCUACGUUAUUAAAGAAAACACUGGAGGAAAGAGGUAAAACUUUGUGGAGAUGUUUUCAUGCAUCAAGAGGCCCAUAUAAAUAAUGGUGUCUCUUUGCAACAUCCAUCUCUCAUAACGGCUUCUGACGGAGGACAAUGCAACAUAUUCACCUCCCAUUCGGAGGUGAUUUAAGGGAGUUAUCCAGUUACCCCUGCUGCCCUGUCCUCCGGAGCAGACACAGCCUCUCUACGCUCCCAUUUUACAGCAUUACACUAUGGAUUAUUCUUGGUGUUUUGACGUUUCCAUGCUGUGUCAAAUGCCUGAUUUUCAAAGUAGGCGUCCUGGGGCCUUGGAACUGUGACCCUUAUUAUGCGAAAUCACUUCCUGCCAUUGCGUCCAGACUGGCUGUUGGCCGCAUAAACGAGGAUUUUAGUUUAGACCUGGGCUGUACGAUGGACUUCGUCAUCCUUCAAGAGGCUUGCGAGACAUCCAAAGCCUUGACCUCAUUUGUACAGUAUGAGAACGCGGUUGAUGCGUUUGUAGGCCUUACAAAUCCAGGAUACUGCAAUGCUGCGGCGCUCAUGGGCAAGAAUUGGGACAAGUCUAUGUUUUCAUGGGCGUGCAUUAACUAUGAGUUAGACCGGGUCCAGGGCUACCCAACAUUUGCUCGAACUUUACCAUCCCCGACACGGGUGCUCUUCAGUGUACUUAGGUUUUUCAGCUUGGCUAACAUAGCCAUCGUGUCUUCUAAUGAGGAUAUAUGGAUCGACACCGCUGCCAAAUUGGCUAGUGCUCUCAGAAACCAGGGGCUUCCUGUUGGCAUCGUUGUGUCCAUGGGGAAUAAUGACACCAUGCUGGAGAACACAUUGCUGAGCAUACGAAACGCAGGGGAGAUCAAAGUCAUCAUUAUGUGCAUGCACUCAGCGCUCAUUGGAGGAGAGCAACAAACGUCAUUCCUGAUCAAGGCCUAUGACAUGGGAUUGACGAGGGGUCAGUAUGUGUUUAUACCAUACGACACCCUCCUGUACAGCCUGCCCUACACCAACACCACCUACUUCCCACUGCAAAACAACACCAAACUGCGCAAAGCCUACGACGCUGUACUCACCAUCACCGUAGAGUCAGACCUGAUGUCAUUCAACGAAGCGUACAACAUGGCCAAACGAUUCGGAGAACUGAUGCUGUCACAAGAGCCAGAGCAGGUCUCUCCGCUCUUUGGUACAAUCUACAACAGUUUGUACCUCCUUGCCAAGUCCAUGCACAACGCCAGAAGAGCUGGUAAGUGGUUCUCCGGGUCCAACCUGGCCUCCUUCACGAGGAACAUCACAUUUUCAGGGUUCAACCAGAACAUCCGCAUGGACGCCCAAGGGAACGGGCAGACCGACUACGUGAUCUUAGACACUGAUGGCUGGGGAUCUGAACUGUAUCGUUGCUUUUAUGUGAACCUGACUUUAGAUAAGGUGCUGUUCGCCGGCACGUACAUUCAUUUCCCUGCAGCUUCACCUCCACCUUCAGACUCCAGCUGCUGGUUUGACCCCAAUGCCAUCUGCGCAGGAGGUGUGGAAAUAACAUAUGUCAUCAUAGCGUUUGUGAUUGUCCUCAUUAUAGUUCUUGGUUCUAUUGGUCUAGCUCUAUUCGUAAGGAGGCGAAUCCAACAAAUCCAGCUGAUCAAAGGGCCCAACAGAAUCCUGCUUACGCUUGAGGAUCUGACCUUCAUCAACCCUCAGCUGAGCAAGAGGAAAAUCACCCUUGAGGAUCUUUGCGACUCAAAAAGUUACAUUGAGGAGAAGAGCACAGGUGAACGUUCCCGCUCUGUGAAUAGCAUGGCAACAGCAACACAUGAAACUUCAAACGUGGCUGUAUAUGAGGGCGACUGGGUGUGGCUAAAAAAAUUUAAGGAGGGACAUUUCAAGGAGGUUAAACAGAGCACCACUAAGAUCUUCACCAAGAUGAAGGACCUACGGAAUGAAAAUGUCAAUCUGUUUUUGGGGUUCUUCACCGAUUGUGAGAUGUUUGCUAUUGUGACUGAACACUGUUCUCGAGGGAGUCUACACGAUCUCCUUCGCAAUGAAGAUGUCAAACUGGACUGGAUGUUUAAAUCCUCUUUAGUGCUGGAUCUCAUUAAGGGCAUGAAAUAUCUUCACCACAGGGAAUUUCCUCAUGGGCGCCUGAAGUCUCAUAAUUGUGUAGUAGAUGGACGUUUUGUCUUAAAGAUCACUGAUUAUGGAUACAAUGAGAUUCUUGAGACCCAGAAAGCUCCAAAGGAGACCCCACCUCCAGAGGAUCUAUUCUGGACAGCUCCUGAACUUCUCAGAGACCCUGAAAGUCCCCGAAAAGGAACUUAUAAAGGAGAUGUGUACAGUUUUUCGAUUAUACUUCAAGAAGUGGUGGUCAGAGGAGCGCCGUACUGCAUGCUCGGCUUGUCUCCUGAAGAGAUAAUAAGGAAGGUGAAGAAACCUCCGCCUAUGUGCAGGCCCACUGUCGCUCCAGAUCAAGCUCCACUGGAAUGCAUCCAGUUAAUGAAGCAGUGCUGGACUGAACAGCCUGAUAGAAGGCCUCCUUUUGAUCAGAUCUUUGAUCAGUUCAAGCUCAUCAACAAGGGCAAAAAGACCAAUAUUAUUGACUCCAUGCUGCGUAUGCUGGAGCAGUACUCCUCUAACCUGGAGGACCUGAUCAGGGAAAGAACAGAGGAGCUGGAGGUAGAGAAACAGAGGACAGAGAAGCUUCUGGCUGAGAUGCUUCCUCCUUCUGUGGCAGAAGCUCUGAAAACCGGUGCCUCCGUGGAGCCAGAGUACUUUGAUCAAGUCACCCUCUACUUCAGUGACAUUGUAGGCUUCACCACCAUCUCAUCCCUUAGUGACCCAAUUGAGGUUGUAGACCUGCUCAAUGACCUUUACUCCCUAUUUGAUGCCGUGCUUGGCAGCCACGAUGUCUACAAGGUUGAAACCAUUGGAGAUGCCUACAUGGUGGCCUCUGGGCUGCCGAAGAGGAACGGCAACAAGCACGCAGCCGAGAUCGCCAACAUGUCCCUGAACAUUCUCAGCUCCGUGGGCUCCUUCAAGAUGCGGCACAUGCCAGAAGUUCCGGUCAGAAUACGGAUCGGCAUUCACUCAGGUCCGUGUGUUGCUGGAGUCGUGGGUCUAACUAUGCCUAGAUACUGCCUUUUUGGAGACACAGUCAACACCGCCUCUCGUAUGGAAUCUACAGGGUUGCCUUACAGAAUUCAUGUGAACAUUAGUACAGUGAAUAUUCUCCGCUCACUGAACGAUGGCUACAAAAUAGAAGUCCGAGGAAAGACUGAGCUUAAGGGGAAAGGCAUUGAAGAAACAUACUGGCUUGUAGGAAAGUCUAAUUUUACAAAGCCUUUGCCAAAACCACCUGAGAUCAAACCAGGAGAUAACUGGCAAGACAUGAUGACGGAGGAGAUCAAGUCAAUAUUUCGCAAGGCCAACAGACAAGUGGACAAGCCCAAAAUCUGAGAAGCACAAGGAUGUUAAAACUGACCAAGAAGGAAAGACACAUGACAAGUUGCAUGGGAGGGAAACAAUGGACAACACAAGCA